UACUGAGUACGGGAAACUGGGAAGUAUAUAUUUUUUUCUACUAGAAAUUAGAAUGAAAGUGCGAAACUAAGAUGAAAAUUGUUAAUGUAUAUUUAGUUAACUUAUAUUAAAUAGUGCCCAUAAAAGAGAAAACACAUUUAUUUAACAUAAGUUAAGUACGGUUGCUUCCUAACACGUUUUAAUUGUUUCGUUAAGAAAUAUGGAGACCGAUAGUCAUAAAAUUACAGAAGAAUUACAGAAAUGUAGUUAUCGGGAUUUACAACUACUUUCGAAACAUUAUGGCUUACCUUCUAAUUACAAAAAAUUGUAUCUUAUACAAUUGAUAAUUGCAAGAAAAUUGGGUUUAGAGGAGUCAGUAUCAGCCAUCAUUGAAAAAGUCAGAAAGGAACGUCAAAGAAUGAAAGUCUCCAAAAAUAGAACUCUGAAAUCUCAGAUGAAAAAUAAAAAGUUACCAACAUUUUCCCCACCAAUAACUGCAACUCCAAGACUUAAAUUGGCCAGGAAUAUGACAGAUAUUCAUAUUUCAAAAUAUAAUACUCGUCAGAGCCUCCUUGCAAGAUUUAUGAAUGCUGAUACCCCAAAAAACUUGGAUGCCCAUAAGACUUUGAAACAAUAUGAAAAUCUGAGUGUCAGAAAUUACCAAAGGAAAACAAAUCAAUUGGUCGAUGAACAAAUACACAAAGUUGAGCUAACAUCACAAUGUUUCAUGAAACGUCAAGUGAAUGCAGAUAUUAUUAUGAGGAAAGAUAAUGUGAAAGUGACGUAUAAUACCAGUGCUACUCAAACUAUUGCACCUCUACCGGCGAAACGACAGAGAAUCCUGAGUGGUAUAUAUCCAAUACAGCCCAAUCCCAUAGUAAAGCUUCAAAAAGCUGAUUUGACCCUACGCAGAAAUGAUGGAACGGUCUCAAAAGUUAACGCCUUUAUCCAGGAGAAACCGCCACCAACCAGUGAAAUAAUAAGGGAUGUCUUACAAGAUCUAGAGAGAAAUAACUCGGAACAUAAUUUUAUACAAAGAAAUAUGUCUAUUGAUUCGGCAUUUUGUGAAGCGAACACAUCCAUCGAAACAAACGAUGGUGUAGAAAUUCUGUAUUAUGAAAAACGCGUUGAACAAACGAAAUAUGAAACAUAUCAAGAGAACGGUUUGCCAAAAAUUGCAGACGUUUUCAGCAAAUUCCAUCAUCGGGAUUAUGAGCAACAAUUAUUUGUACAAGUUAGCGCCGAGUCUGACGAGUGUUCAUAUUCCACAUACAUGCCUCAAACCACCGUUCAGACAAUCCAAUUGGAGACAAUAUAUAACUUCAAGUCACUCUUUACAAAUUCUUCACUCUUACAAAUCAGUACGAAGAGUAAAACCACAUGCACAAACAGCACAAUGACUAUUAUGUCCACGAAGGUGUACCCAACAUCCACAGUUUUAUCGCACAAUGCUUAUCCUAGGUACGAUGUAAAUUACGCAAACGGAUCGGAUCAUGUCGAUAUGUUACUUUGCAAGGAACCAAUGCAGCAGCCGGAUAAUUCAGAUUAUUUAAAUAAUAAUAUCGCAGAAUUCAGUGAGACCGUGAGUGACAGAAAUGGUGGAAAUGUUACCAUACCAGAAAUGGUUGAAGACGCUUUAGAAGUUAUAAGUCAGGAUGAGGAAUACAUGAAGUGUGUAGACAUAGAUACAAAAGUGAACUGUGUGUUGUGCAACUGGUGCGGACCGGGUAUUGUCGUCGACUAUCAUAUACAAAAGAUCCACGAAAAUGAAGUUAUGAAGCAAGUAACGAAUGAUUGGAACAUCACAUUCACAUUGGGAGCGUUGGUACAGGAACCUCUUUGGUGCAGCCGCGUUUUGGAAUAUGAAUCCAUUUUCUAUGUUCUGAGUGCGAAAUACGAAGAACCUGAUGUGUUCAUGGCUACUCUUACGUCACAUUCCACGGAUUUUACAUUCAAAACCGGUUCUAUUACGGUUUUCAAUAAAACAACAGGUGAACCAUUUACGUGGGAGGGGGAGAUUAAAUGCUUAUCUCCGGAUUGGCCGUAUUCAAAAAAUAUAAACGGACUGAAAAUAAAUCUAUCAAAACUGGACUUAAUGCCUCAAAUAUACCCCAUUGCUGGUCAACCGGGUUUAAAUGAUGUACAUAUUAUAUUGUUCGCCAGGUUAUAUAACUAAUAUUUAGUAUGAAAAAAUAUUUAAUAUACAAAUAAGCUUUUAAAGCAGUAAUAGCGAAGUUUCGGUUUAAAUUCGGUAGGUAUACAAUAUUAAGUACAAAAUUCUUAUAAUUAGAAAGUAAAAUUAAAGAAAAACUGUUAUUGUUGCGUUGUUUUUGUUAAAUAAAUACUCCUCGAAAGUUAAUUGUAAGAAUUUCUAUUACUUUCUCUUAGAUUUUUUAAAUAACUACCACUUUGUGCCAUUAUCUAAAUACUAUCUGAAGAAUUCUCUCGUAUAUAAUACUUUGAAUUCUCGUAAAUAGCCUUAUUCAUAAAAAUAUGAGUUUGAUUGUACCGUUUUAAAUUACUAUUCGUCUCUUUUCAUUACAGCGUUAAAGCAAUUUUCAGAUAGAGACGAAAGAGUACUUAUAAGAUUGCAAUUAGUAUGUUUUUCUUUGUGUCAUCUUAUCAUUAAUGACUCCCAGAAAAAACUUAGUUAUUAAAACAAAACUCGUUAGAAGCUUAAAUUAUAGAAUUGCUUUGCCUUAUUGCAAGCGUUAACCCGGAUAUCCUUAUAUCCGGGUAUAGUUUACUCUAACAAGGUUAAGCUUCAAUAUUUGUUUAUCAAUAUGUAUGAAUAAAAGUAUCUAGAGUCUGGGUAAUGAAAGUUGAAACUGAAAAAACGCGGCAAAUUUAAAAAAUAUCAGCAUGGCAGCCCUAAAGUAAAAAGGAAAGUUCGAACAACUCACUUUGAUACUUUGACAUUCAUUUAAUUCAAUUUUUAGGUUUAUAGGUUUUGUGGACAUAAGUUUCAUCUAAGUAGAUUAUUUGCUUGCCUUCUGCACGUUUCGAUGCAAUGGUACGCAAAAAGCGAUGUCUCCAUGCAGCUAUAUCAUAUCGUUCAAUUAAUAAUGAACGUUCAUUUUUGUUUUUCUUAAAUUCAUAACCGUUGGCUAAAAAUCUCAAGACUAUCUGUAAAAGAACAAUAACAUUUAAAAUAAAAAUAAAAAAUAUCAAGACAUUUUGACCGUACUAACUUUAGUGUUGUCAUAUAAAAAGUUUGCAAAAAAAUCCAGUAUCUACUGUCGUUAGCCAGACUCUAUAACAUAUUCUUUGACGUUAAUAAUAGGAUAACAGUAAUUUUUAAAAAUGCUGUAUUUUUUUUUAAUUUUAGUUGGUUCCUGUUAAAGAUCUCAUUUUUAAACUUAAAUGUUCCUAUUAAUAUUAAGAAUCCUACAAGUGUCAUAGACAAUAUUAUUCUUUAUCUGUGUUAUUACAAGUACCAGUACGAAUUAAGGUCUAUGGUAAUAGAGUAUACAUUUAAGUUAAGGGAAGUAGAAGCUUGUAGCAAAAUGGUCACGAGACUUGUAUUUUCUUUCAGAAGUAAUAAGAAUGUUUAUACUCGGGAUUAUAUCGAAAAACGAGUUAAUCGUACGGAUUUUUUUUAACAGUUUUUUUUAAUAAUCUCGUGACAAUUUGAUAAAACUCAUAUAUGAGUUUUUUCUUAGAUCUCACAUGUUAAUAUAGGAUGGUUUCGGUGGGUUACCUGACAUAAGUUGGAACUCUUUAAUAUACUUUAAUCAUGUUGAUUUUCUUAUGAUGAGCGUUAAAAUUUUGUAACUUGAAAGAGUAGCCUGGCAAUGUGUAUCAUUGUAUCCGAGAUACAAGUCGUAAAUCUGCGAAAAUUUAGCUUUUCUGUUUUCUAAAGAAAACAAGUUUACGAAUCUACUACUUUCUCGGGCUGUUUCUAAUUUUUUUUACUAAAUUAGGUAAACGCUCAUCGGUAAUUGUUGAUUUUUUAUAUUAUCUAAGGUAUAGUAGCAAUUCUGUUGUUUAUAACUUUAUUAAAGAUUAAUUGUAAUUAGCUGAUUUUAUCAGCGGAGAGCUGUUAAAGUGAAGUGAAAAAAAUACCUUCCGUAUUAACAUUAUCGUUCCAUCAAGUACACGUUUCGUUUUGAGUAUAUUACAUAUGUAAAGGAAAUUUAAAAUUAUAACUUGCUUGACGUUCGCUGACAUGGUGUUAAGAUCGAAUAUUUUCUAUUUUACUUUAUGCCUUAAAAUCAACAGAAUUGGCACAAAAUUAUAUAUUUUUUUGAUUAAAUACUGUUUUUAUGCUUGUUUGAUAGAAACUAAAAUUAUUUUGACAUUGUUUGUGCGCUUGCGUUUACAGAUGGGUGAAUCCUAAUCAGCGCCAUCUUUUUUUUUGAUCCUAUCAAAGUGAUCUAAAUCAUAUGAUGAAAUAAAACCAUAUGAAGGCCUUUACUAUGUUUUCGCUAAAACUGGUGUAAAGCAUUCAAUUUUCAAGAUUUUAUUUCAGAAUCUCAAUCAAUAAAAACAGUAUUUUUGUUUAUGUUUUAUAGAACUACUUACUUAUCUAAGACAUGUAAUGAUCAUUUUUUGUUAAUGGUAUAUUUUGUCAUCACAUCUGAUCGGAUGUUAGUGGCCCUCAGCUUUCAAGUUUAUUUUUUUGUUUACCAUCGAGUCAUGUUUAUGACACUAUAUAUACUCUUUACUUAGCAUACUUUUCUAAUCAAGAAACGUUUUUAUAAGAUUUUUUAAGUUGAUUAAUAAAUACAAAAUUCCAUA